AUGAAAUAUUUGUUCUUGUUACCUUUCCUUAUGUUUGUCAGUGCAUUCUGUGUCUAUAAUGACUCAGAGGAAGUAUCGUUUUAUAUUCACCAACAACCUUCAAACAGAGGAGCCAAUGUGUUUAAAGCAUUUAAAAGGGAGUCAUUAAAACCAGGUCAAAAUGCAUGUUGUCCAUACACCACCUAUGAUUGCGCUGAACAUACCAGUCAAGAGGAGAUCAUUACACUUCGACUCAAGACGCAACAUCCUUCAGGCCAUUAUGACUUCUUCUUUGAAGUCAGUUUCCCUGCAGGUGGUUGGAUUCAAUUCACAGGCAAGGAAGACAGUAUUCGAGCCUAUGCUUAUGAUGCGCAUGGUCAAUCUGUUGAUUAUGCUUUUACAGAAUCAUUAAAUACAUUGAUUGAAUAAAG